AUGCUCCGCGGAGGCUCUAAGGCUUCUAAAAGGCGAAGACAUUUCAACCACCGCCUCAGGGUGCAACAACGCCUGGCGCUGAACAGCAGUAUCUACCUCCUACGAGAGACUGGCCCUACCGGCUUCCUGCUGAGAGAGGAGGAGCCGGAAAACAGGGAUUUUCGAGUUUUUCUAGGAAAUCCUCAUGUUUGUAACUGUUCCACUUUUCAGAAAAAAAAGGAACUUUGUAAGCAUAUAUGCUGGGUCUUGUUGAAAAAAUUCAAGCUUCCAAGGAAUCAUGAGUAUGCACUGAAGUUAGGUCUCGUGGAAGGAGAAAUCAAUGACUUGCUUCAGGGAAUACAUCGAGUUCAAGCUCUUCAAAAAGCAGCAAGUGAUGAAAACUCACAUAUUGAAGAAGACGGGUACAUUAAACAGAAGGAAAUUGGUUCAGAUGAUAUCUGCUCUAUUUGUCAAGAAGUAUUUUUAGAGAAAAGACUUCCUGUCACCUUUUGCAGGUUUGGCUGUGGCAAUAAUGUGCAUAUAAAAUGCAUGAAGAUCUUAGCUAAUUAUCAGGAUACAAUAUCAAACACUUCUAUGUUGAAAUGUCCUCUGUGUAGGAAAGAGUUUGCACCAUUAAAACUUAUUUUGGAGGAAUUCAAAAACUCUAACAAACUUGUGACUGCAGCUGAGAAAGAGCAACUGGACAAACAACUUGGAAUUCCCUGUAACAACUGUAAACAAUUUCCAAUUGAGGGAAAGUGUUAUAAGUGUACCAAAUGUAUAGAAUAUCAUUUAUGCCAGAAAUGUUUUGAUAGCUGCUGCCAUCUUUCUCACUCAUUUACAUUUCGUGAGAAGAGAAAUCAAAGAUGGAAAUUACUAGAAAAAAGGUCAAAUCAAAUUGUAAAACAUAUAGAUAUUAAAAAUGACACGGAAGAAAAGAUGCCACACUUUCAAGAAAAGCAACGCCAGGUUUACACACCAAAACACGUGGUAAAGUCACUGCCUCUCUUAGUGAUCACAAAAAGUAGUAUGCUGCUUGCUCCAGGCUACCAGUGUCGACUUUGUUUGAAGGCAUUUUGUCUUGGUCAAUACGUGAGAUUGCUCCCAUGUACUCACAAGUUUCAUAGAAAAUGUAUUGACAGUUGGUUAUUUCACAAGUGCAAUUCAUGCCCUGUUGAUGGACAAGUUAUAUAUAAUCCUUUAAUCUGGAAAGAUGCAGCGGUGAAUGGAUGCGUACGUCAAUCUGUUUCAAACACAACCAUCAGUCAUCUGUCAAAACAGGAACAAUCAGGACUUUUUAUUCCUGGUUCUGGAUUAGUCUUAAAACAAAACAGACUUGGAAUUUUACCUAGCAUCCUUCAACGUAAUUCUGAAAAAUUGAAUACACUUCAAAGUUCCACAGAUACCUAUCAGAAUACAACAGAUGAUCCCUACUCUAUCAAAUUAGAUGAUUCAAAUUUAAGAAAAUUAAUUUAUGAAUAUAAAAUAAGCCAACAUUUCCCCAGGUAUCUUCAAGAUUUACCCACUAGAAAUGCUGGGAAAAUAUUAUCUCAAACAUUUUUUCCUUCUAUUGCUCCCAAGAACGUAUGCACUGGAAAAAAAAGUGCAUGUAUCAACAAAAAAUACCACACAGGUCAAAGCCAGAAGAUGACCAAAGACUAUAAACAUGUUAACCACAAUUUAAAGAAGAUUCCUGGUACUAAAAUAAAAGAGUAAAAUAGUCAAAUACUUCCAGAAGAUUUAAGUCUUGUCAAUUGGGGUACACUAAUUUUGACUAAAAGGUAUGAUAAUUGCAUGGGAAAAAAACAAAAAUGUCAUCUAUCAAGAACAUUUUUAUAUCACCAUUUAAAUUUUUUUAAAAGUCCUGCAUUGUAUUUAACAUUGGAAGGGGUUCAGUUAUGA